AUGCAAGCUUUGUCUCUUGCUUUGCUUUUGUGUGUCACAGUUGGGACCACCGCCCAAUUCUGCACCAAAGGCAGCAGCUUUGCACAAGACUCAAAGACACGGCAAGGAUCGUGCCAAAGCCUGUUCAAUGGAGGAGCCAAGAGCCCAGGUGAGGUGAAGGGGCCCACUCCAGGAGAGAAGGGAUCCUCCGCUUGUUGUUGUUACGGAUCGGGACCCAGCGGUGGUUCCGGAGGGUCCAGCUCUCAACCUUGGGGCGGUGCUACUGAAAGCUCUGAAACCGGGCCUUCUUCUCAAUCUACACCUGCCGCCCAAUCCACAACUCAAGAAGAAACUGAAGCCACUAGUCAAGCAGCUUCUUCGCCUAGUCAAGCUUCUUCGUCCAGCAGUGCCGGAUCUACUCCAGCCUCGUCAACCGGUUCAGGCUCUUGGGAGUCUUCCGGAUCUGGUUCAGGCAGCGGUGGAAACUCAGGAUCUGGAUCAGGAGCAUGCACAUGCGGCAGCAGUGAAAGCAGCAGCUCCAGUAGCAGUGAAGAAUCUGGAUCGGGAUCCGGUAGUCACGAAGGAUCAAGUUCCGGCAGUCACGAAGGCUCAAGCUCCGGCAGUCACGAAGGCUCCGCUUCCGGCAGCCACGAAGGAUCCGGCUCAGGAUCUGGUGGAAAUGGAGGAUCAGGAGGAUCUGGCAGCUGGGGAGGCUCCGGAGGAUCUCAAGGUUCGGGCUCUGGUGGAUGUGUAUGCGAUGGAUCUGGAAGUGGCACGAUCAGUGGUAUGUAUGGCAAGGAAGACUUCUGUAUCUUAUUCCAAUACUUCCUUGAGAUCACGGUCGAAUUGGGAGAAGAAUACAUUCAAGAAGCUUGGAUCGAACUUCUCAAUAAGAUGCAGGUCGAGAUCAUCUUCGAUGUCAGCUUGACCGCUGAACAGAUGGCUGCCGCUGUCUACGGAGAAAUCAGCGUCUUCUUCCUCCUCUAUCCAUCCUGUGCCUCUACCAUCAACAACAUCUUCGUCACCGAAUGGAAUGGCUAUGUGUUCGACUUGGAAGAAAUUGCUGUUGACGUUUCCUUCGAAAUUUCUGAAACCAUCAUUGAAUUGGACGCUACUGGAAACUGCGCCUUGUUCGAAGCUCUCCGCAACGCCAGUGCUGGUACCUCUUUCGAAGCCCAAGUCGAGAUUUUGAUCGCUUCGUUGACCGUCACCAUCCAAAGCUCUUCGUCUUUCUCAGUCCAAUGUGCUGGUAUCUACGCUAAGCUCAUUCAGUUCUUUGCUACCUACAGUGGGUCUCAAGCUAUUCUUUGCGGUGGCUACAUUGAAGGUUAUGGCACGGUGUCCAUCUUCGUUGCCGUCUCCGGAAGUGUAAGUUUACUUCCAAUAGUAUGACUGUAACGUAGAAUUUCUGUGGUUCUACUAGCCAUUUAUUCAUAGGAUUCUAACCACACCUUUAUUUCAGUACUGGCGUAUUCAAAACUUUGCCGUCGCUGUUGGAGGUAGCGCCAGCUCUUGUGAAUUGAUUGUUGAACUCAAUGCUACUGUGUACAAUGUUAAUGCUGGGUCAACUUCCGAACGUGCUCAACUCAAGGAGCUUGUCGAAGACUUGGUAACUAACUUUGCUUCCUUGUCAGUUGAAGCCCGAGUAGAGUACUUCAUCUCCGCCUUCUACCAGUUCCUGAUCAUCCAAGAAUGGUCGGUCACCAUCACAUUCGAAAUUGAAUUGCAAGGAUUCGGAACCAUUUGCGAAUUGAUCGCUGCUGAAUGUUUCGUAAGUAUAUUUGUAUUUAUUGGAAUAUGAUUUCAUAAGUUAUCAUUGAAGCAACCUAAAAAUAAUAGACCUACCGAAAAUUCAUUUCAGGGAGGCCAAACUGGAGCUUUAACGACUUCUGCAAUGAAAUCCUCAACUAUGGGUGAAGAAGAGACUUCCCAAGCAUCUCAGGCUAGCUCCAAGGCUUCCAUGUCAACUACUGAAGAAUACGAGACUUCCCAAGCAUCUCAGCCUAGCUCCAAGGCUUCCAUGUCAACUACUGAAGAAUACGAGACUUCCCAAGCAUCUCAGUCUAGCUCCAAGCCUUCUGUGUCUACCACUGAGGAGUAUGAGACCUCUCAAGCCAGUUCUAAGGCUUCCGUAGCUUCUACUGCGGCAACCCAAUCAAGCACUCCUCACGUAACUACAGUAGCUGGCACAACUAAAGGAGCCUCUACUGCAGCUACCACUGCCAAGCCAGGAAACUGUGCCACCGCUCUUCAACUCAUUGUUAAGGGCAGCAACAGCAAUACUUCCUUGACCAUCUCCAUUCAACAGAGCUUCAGCACCACCACCUGGACUGCUCAACAGAAAACUAGCUUCUCAGCCUACUUCAAGAACAUUAUCAACCUACAGGCCCAAUACACUGGCCAGACCUGCCUCAACAAGGUCGCUAAUGUCUUGCUCAACUGGACCAAGGACGCUGCUUCCAUCACAGCCACUAAGAGUGUCCAGAUCUACUUCUAUGCCUCAAAUGUCAAGACCACCUACUGGGGCACUGUCGGCCAAUUCUGCAGUUGUGCCACAAGCUAA